AUGUAUUUCAUAUACACCACGUUCACCCGUCUACCUUCUAAUAAGAGCAUACAGAUUGAACAGCUCUUGAGUCACCACCACGAAAGUGGCAACCAUUCGAGUAACGAGCAGCAGAAACAUGAGCAGGCAGACCCUGAAGGUACGACUUUCUUCGCCGAGAUUGACAACCUUUAUCGAAGCUCGCGAAGGACCCUACUUUCACAUGUCCCUCCUCGCUACAUGGCAGAGACUUUUAUCAAGUGUUACUUCGACGCCAUUGAGCCGGCUCAUCAGGUCUUACAAUCGGGUUCUUUUCUUGACGAGGUGUCGUCUUUCUGGUCAAGGCCAGGUGCGGCUGAUGAUUCAUGGUUGGCCAAAUUCUUUGCGACCCUAGCUCUCGGAAGCCUCCUCCAUUGUUCUUGCCAAUCGACGGAAACGUCAGCUGAGCAACUUCCGAACACACUCUAUGGGGUUGCGCACUCAUGUCUAAGACGUACCCCGUACAUGGCUCAGCCUAAUAGGGAUAAUAUCAGGACUUUGUGCUUGCUCGUUAUCUUCAGACAACUCACCAGCCUAUUCUGUGUUGAGUCUGACGGCCUUUGGCCAGUUACUGGGUUGAUCGUUCGCUUAGCUAUCUCAUUGGGAGUCCAUAAAUCGGAUCCAAAAAACGGCAGCAUGGGGCAAGCCAUUCCUACGGCCGACAAAAAACUCUGGCAUGCAGUUCUAUUUCUUGAUCUACGACAGAGCCUUGCGUCUGGGCGCCCAGUCAUGACCCCCUAUUCGAUGUAUUGCCAUGCGGAAAUCACAGACACCGCCAACAGAGACCCACAAGAAAAAGAGCAGACCACCGCAUCUAGUGACUGCAACGGAUCCCACGAUUUUGGGGACAUCGGUUUUGGUCAUCUUACUCUAAUAUACGAAGUCCUCGAGUUGUCCUCUCGCGCUCAUUCAAUUCCCUAUGACUUGGUUAUCGCAUAUGAUGGACGACUGCGUCAGCUCUUGGGCCAUUACCAUCGCAGGGUCAUGGCGAGCGUGCCGCGACCGCAUCAAUCGGACAAUACAAUUUCGCGGCAGCAUUUCGAGUGGCCCAUGAUCAAUAUUUUUUUACGUCGGGUGCUCUUGGCGUUGCAUAACCCUUUCUGCCACCGAGAAAGAGCAUAUGCAGUGUACCCAACCUCGUAUUGGUCAACACUCGAGUGCUGUUUGUCCUUGCUCUCGGAGCAGAAUAACCUAUGCCAAGGCGGCCUCGAAUUGUGUGGGGUGUCCACAUUCUUUUACGCAAGACUCUUUCGGCAAGAGUUCUACCUUGCUGCGGUCACAAUCUCAUUGCGCAUACUAGAAGGAGAAUCGCCCAUAGAGCCAUCGAAUCAUUGCAAUUGUAGCAAACGCGCUCGACAAACAAUCUGCGAUACCCUAAUUGCCUGCCGGGACAUCUGGAGGGCGCAAAAAGACAUCUCGACCUGUCAUCGUAAAUGCUUUGAGUCCCUCGAUUCUGUGCUUCAGGUCAUAGAGAUUAGAGAUGAUCUAGCUUAG